UCUCAGUCAUCCAACAGCUUUGGUAACAGCACCUGCAGACUUAGCUAUACAUUUAGCGGGCUAAAACCUUUAGUUUCUCCAACUGAAAACACAUAAAAUGGCAGCAAAAGCAGGAGCAGCAGCUUCUUUCAUUUUCAUGCUGUUCUUGCUGAACAUAGCAUGCCAGGCUCAACUCUCCCCUGCAUUUUACGACAGCUCCUGUCCUAACGCGCUUAGCGCGAUCCGAACUGCUAUCAGAAGUGCAAUUGCAGGGGACAGGAGAAUGGCUGCGUCUCUCAUCCGCUUACACUUUCACGAUUGCUUUGUCCAGGGUUGUGAUGCCUCCAUCUUACUAGACGAGACUUCCUCUAUCCAGAGUGAAAAGACUGCCCUCGGCAAUCUUAACUCUGCAAGAGGUUAUAAUGUAAUAGAGAAAGCAAAAACUGAAGUUGAGAAGAUCUGUCCCGGAGUAGUAUCCUGUGCGGAUAUCAUUGCUGUUGCAGCGAGAGAUGCGUCUUCUUAUGUGGGUGGCCCGUCCUACGCAGUGAAGCUUGGAAGAAGAGAUUCAACUACAGCGAGUAGAACUUUAGCCAACGCAGAGUUACCUGCCUUCUUUGAAAGCCUGGAGAGUCUUAUUUCUCGCUUCCAAAAGAAAGGCCUGACUGCAAGGGACAUGGUUGCCUUGUCAGGUUCACAUACUCUCGGACAAGCUCAAUGCUUCACUUUCCGUGAAAGGAUAUACAAUGACAGCAAUAUCGAUGCCGGAUUCGCCAGCACCCGCAGGAGGCGCUGUCCACGUGUUGGCAGCGACGCAACCUUAGCCCCGCUCGAUUUGGUCACUCCCAAUUCUUUCGACAACAAUUACUUCAAGAAUCUGAUGCGAAACAAGGGUCUCCUUCAAUCAGAUCAAGUGCUUUUCAAUGGAGGCUCCACGGACAGCAUUGUCUCUGAAUACAGCAGGAACCCUGCAAGAUUCAAAUCAGAUUUUGGAUCUGCCAUGAUCAAAAUGGGAGAUAUAGGUCUUCUCACUGGAUCAGCCGGGCAGAUAAGGAGGACUUGCAGUGUUGUCAACUAGUUUUUCCAUUCUUUUUUUCCUUGAAGAUUUUCUCGAUCAAGUAUGCAGACAUAACGAUGUUUUAUUUGUUUUCUCAAAUUGUUUAGUCCGUCAAGUAUAAAUCAAUAAUCAAGAGAAUUCGUUCA